UGGAGGCGCCGGUGGGCGGGGUCUCCCGCCGGGCACUGCCGCUGACGGAGCCGGCCCCUCCCCUAAGGGAGAGAGGGUGGGCGGAGCGUUCGGUGGGCGCGAGAGCAGGGCCCGAGCCGGCCUGGGAGCUUGCCGAGCCGAACGCGGCCAGCGGAGCGCCUGGGCGGCGGCGGCGGCUGCGUGCGCGAUGGCUCCGGCCGCGGACCGCGAGGGCUACUGGGGCUCCACGACGUCCACGCUGGACUGGUGCGAGGAGAACUACGCGGUGACCUGGUACAUCGCCGAGUUCUGGAAUACAGUGAGUAACCUGAUUAUGAUUAUACCUCCAAUUUUUGGUGCAAUUCAGAGUGUUAGAGAUGGACUGGAAAAGCGGUACAUUGCUUCUUAUUUAGCACUCACAGUGGUAGGAAUGGGAUCCUGGUGCUUCCACAUGACUCUGAAAUAUGAAAUGCAGCUAUUGGAUGAACUCCCAAUGAUUUACAGCUGUUGUAUAUUUGUGUACUGCAUGUUUGAAUGUUUCAAGAUGAAGAACUCCGUAAACUACCAUCUGCUUUUUAUCUUAGUUCUUUUCAGUUUAAUAGUAACCACAGUUUACCUUAAGGUGAAGGAGCCUGUAUUCCAUCAGGUUAUGUAUGGAAUGUUGGUCUUCACAUUAGUACUUCGAUCUAUUUAUAUUGUUACAUGGGUUUAUCCAUGGCUCAGAGGACUAGGUUAUACAUCCUUGGGCAUAUUUUUAUUGGGAUUUCUGUUAUGGAACAUAGAUAACAUAUUUUGUGAUUCACUGAGGAACUUUCGAAAGAAGAUGCCACCUAUCAUAAGUGUUGCCACACAGUUUCAUGCAUGGUGGCAUAUUUUAACUGGCCUUGGUUCUUAUCUUCACAUCCUUUUCAGUUUGUAUACAAGAACUCUUUACCUGAAAUACAGGCCAAAAGUGAAGUUUCUCUUCGGAAUCUGGCCAGUGAUCCUGUUCGAGCCUCUCAGGAAGCACUGAUGAAUUAUUCCAGGAAAACAAAAAAAGCAUCUACCACAGGCCUGGCCAAAUGAAUAAGGAAAUCCUUAAAGAUCUACACGUCCAAAUAUAUCAUGACCAUCACAGCAAAGGAGUGACUUUCUAACUAAUGCUGCCAGUCACACAGAGAAUAAGGAAUAGUCUUGUUGGAUGUUGAGCUCGCGUCUUUAUCUCAUUUGUCCCUUCUCCUCCUCACCCUCACCCUAAGAUGUUUAAAAAGAAACAGACAUGACGUGUGUAUAUAUAGUUGAAUGCUGGAAAAAUGAGGCUUUUCUUAACAGGUUAACAGUUUGUGCUGAUCAUAGGAAAUUUAACCUUUUUCCCUUUUUUGACAAGGGUUGCAUGUAAAUUAUACUUUGCUUAAUAUUUGAUUAAACGAUCAAAACAUGCAGCUAAGUAUUGGCAAAACCCCAUACCCAGAUGGCCAGCUGUGGAGCCGGCCGUGUCAACCUUGAUUUGUGUUCUUGUCGUAGUAACCUCAUGAAUGGUUUUCCAAGGUGAAAAAGAGCUAUCUGUGGGAUUCUGGUAGUUCCUCACGGUCUGCCCUUGUGCUAGUCAGCAUGUCAUAAGCAAGCUCCAACUGGCCACUCGGUUCCCUACUUGCCAUACCCCAGAUUUGCAGUGGGUUCUGGGGUGUCUGUGUGUGGCCACCGCCAAUCAGAGUUGAGUGGGUCACCUUGUAGAGUUUGCGAAGACCACUAGGACACCUGUGGGAUGUUGUGCCUCCAGGCUGUUAGUUAAAGGUGGUUUCUCUGUUUUGUUUGAUCUACGCAGAUCUUUAAGUUGUCACUGGUUUUAUGGCUAGGCAAACAUGAUUGGUGGUCUGGCCUGCCAAUAUUCCACCCUCUUGACAGAAUGUGUUUGAAGUUACCAGUGAAUGUUGUUUGUUACACUCUUUUUAAACUAUGCCAUGUUUUCCAGUUUUCAGAGGGGCCUUGGUUAUGCCCAGGGAAAUGUAUCAGGUUAACUAGAGCUAAAAGGAUCAGGAUCCUAUUUACAUAAAGCUUAUUAGAAUGCCUGCCCCUUCAUUUGUUGAAGGAAAUAGAUACAAGAGUUGAGAAUGGCUCUCACUUACUUGAACGAACUCCCCAAAAUUAAAAUACUAAAAAAUGGCAGUGAAAUAUCAUCACAAAGCAGCUAGUUCUGAUUUGGGUUCAAAUGUAUAGCAAAUUGAAUUACAUUUCACAAACAUAACACCAAUCUGGAGUAAAACCUUAUUUGACCCCUUUGCCUGAGGUAUCACCGUAUUGGUAGCUCUGUACCACUUGGCAUUUUUGCGACUUUAUUAUAAAACCCAGAUUGUUUUUACCGCGUGGUGACAUUGACCCAGAUUAAAUCCUGAAGCUACAGCUUCAAAAGGAAAAUCAUUUUUUUCUUCUGCAAAGGUAUAAAAACACUCCUGUCAUUUUUCCAGUAUCCAGUAAGUCGCCUUUGUACAAAUUUAAAACCAGUACGGAUUUUGUUGUUCUUCUUCACCUUCUGGCCUUAGUUUUAGUCCAAGCACUAUUUUCCUUACCAAAGCAUGCCAACACACCAUUAGGCAUAAACUUCUGCCUACUUUUAUGAUCCUCCAGCAAGAAAAGCACUUGCCAAAAUAAAUCUAAAGAACUUUGGUUGUGCCUUAAGAAAACCUAAAA